UUCCCAACGAGCGGCUUCAGGAGCAGGGAUUCAGACAGAAUUAUCAGAAGUAGACGCCGCCGAGGUGCACGGAGACAUUUCUGCCUUUAGUUCACCUUCAGCAGUCGAACCGUAGGCACAGUCCAAGCGAGAGCAGCGUGGGGAGAGAGGGACCGGUGUAUGGACAUCUCCCGGUACCGUGCAGCUGCAGCAUCCAUCCUCACAGCUUCCAGACUGAUGGGAUGACGGAGGGAACAGGGCCUCCUCACGUCCCCACAUUGCGAGGAGGCAUUCCAGGACCGUGGAGCAUUGUGGAAGGAAUCUAUUGUUAGGAUAUUAGGUCACUGAUACAACCUGCAGAUGUUCUGAUCUUCUGACACCAUGAUGGUGGGAUUCACCAUCACCUCGUCCCUCUGGACUGCUGUGGUCUGACAGACCUUUAGGUUCCCCUGAGGAAAACAAGAGUGCAUCUGGAGCUCUUGGAUCUGCCAGCACUAUGGACUACCAUGCUGAGUGCUGCUUUUGUGAUGCAGAGGACACUCAUGGCGGCCUGGAUGAGCCGCCUCUUCACAGUAUUCAUGCACCCAACCGGAUCCGCCCGUCCUCAUACCGAGCCCUGAGGAGUGCUGUGUCCAGCCUGGCCCGCAUCGAUGACUUCUUCUGUGAGAAGAUUGGUUCGGGCUUCUUUUCUGAGGUGUUCAAGGUGCAGCAUCGAAUCACAGGACAGGUGAUGGCACUGAAAAUGAACACACUCACCAGCAACAAAGCUAACAUGCUACGAGAAGUGCAGCUUAUGAACAGGCUUUGUCACCCCAACAUACUCAGGUUUCUUGGCGUUUGUGUGCAUGAAGGUCAACUCCAUGCUUUGACAGAGUACAUAAAUGGAGGGAACCUAGAGCAGCUGUUGGACAGUGACCUGUAUCUGUCAUGGGGCGUCAGGACUGGUCUGUCUCUGGAUAUUGCCCGAGGACUGCAGUACCUGCAUAGCAAGGGUAUAUUCCACAGAGACCUCACCUCCAAGAACUGUCUGGUUCGCUGUGACAACGGUGUGUUCACUGCUGUGGUAGGAGACUUUGGCCUGGCAGAGAAGAUCCCUAAUUAUAGCGAUGGUGUGGAGAAACAGCCUCUAGCCAUUGUGGGCUCUCCAUACUGGAUGGCCCCUGAGGUUCUGAGGGGAGAGCUGUAUGAUGAGAAGGUGGAUGUGUUUGCGUAUGGCAUCAUCCUGUGUGAGAUCAUUGCCCGGAUUGAAGCUGAUCCCGACUUCUUACCCAGGACAGAGGACUUUGGUCUGGACGUGGAUGCAUUCGAGAACAUGGUUGGGGAUUGUCCUCCUGCGCUCUUUAGUCUUGCUGUGACUUGCUGUAAUAUGAGUGCAGAGAGGCGUCCCUCAUUCUCCGACAUUGUCCUCACAUUGGAAGGCAUGGAGAGUGAAGAAGACAGAGAGAAGCCCAUUGCACUUGAACCAGUGGCAGAUGUCAGCCCGUACCGGCGCCGCAGCUCUCCCUGUCACCCUGGAGACCGCUGUCAGCUGCGCCAAGGUUUGGCAAGGAGCCAAUCAGACAUGAUACCUCCCACAAUCCUGACUCCUCCUCUCUUUGGGACCCCUGCACGGGUCAACCCCUUCUCUCUUAGACAGGACCUUAAUGGGGGUCGGUGUAAACUCUUGGACACACCCAGCAAGUCUGUCAUCUCCCUGACCUUCACCCUCCCAGCACUUCGUGAUCCAUGUGCCUCCCCUCACAUUCUCAGAGGAACACCGGGGAUGCGAGCACCACCAAGGAGGUGUCAGUCGCUCCCCUGCACACCAGAGAUCAGCCGGAGUGUGGCAUUGCCAAGGGACAUGGUGGGGAAAGAGGGGGAAAAGGAUGACGACACCCGAGUGGCAGUGAUUGAGGGAGAGAUGGGGGAAGAUGUGGAGGAUGACACAAAGAGGAAGACAAAAGUGUCAGAGACAGUGGAGGAAAGGUUGCAGGUAGAACAUUUGAACAACACUGAGAGGAGAGAGUUGUUAAAGAAGGAAGAGGAGAGAUUAGAAGAUUUAGGUCAUCCUAUUGAGCUGGAGAUGGUGUCUCUGGAGCGACUGGAGGAGGACGAUGAAGAGGAGGAGGAGAGUGUAUGUCUAACAGAACCCAUGGACUGUACCAAGUCUCCAGAUCCAACAGAAAGAGUCCUGAACUCAUCACCUAGAAGACCGCUGCUGACCUCCACCUCCAGCUCUUCCUUACGGACCAAUGGCUGGGGACUUCCCAUCUCUAACGAACCACCUUCCUUGCCUCCUCUGCCACCUCUGGACAACAACAAUGGUUCGGCCCAUGUGAUUGGUCAGCAGGUGCCGUGGGGUGGCGAAAGGAGCACCAAUGGUUACAGUGAAGCCCAGACUCUGUAUUCUGACCAUAGUGCCCCUUCUGAGCAGGAUGAGGUAAUUUCCUGUCCAGGCUGCUGCCUGGUGGGUCUGAGUUUCCCCUCAGUGUGCCUCCGUGAUUCAGCUACCAUGCCUGCCUCCCACCGGAGGGCUUCGCUACCACGGCAGCGGCCCUACCGGAACCUCAACGGUACCAUAACUGGUAACAGUACUUCCUCAUCAGUAACAGCUGCCACAGCAGCCAAAACUCGCAGCACAAAUGGGUUAGUAGUGGCAGGACCCUUAGUGUCCUGUGAACCUGGCCGGUCCCUACCAGAGGCUCAGUCAUAAGUCUGCACAGAGGAGAUUUGAUUUUGAGCUCGAGAUAUGCACUAGCGGUAAAUGUAAGAGGACAAAAACAUGAAAUGGAUCAAGGAUCUGUGGGGCAAUAUGUAAUUACAGUGCCACAGGGUGGACUGGGGGAUUAACCACAACAAAUGUGACUAUGAAGAACAGGGUGGCAAAAAGUAGGAGGUGGCUAAGGUAGGGAGAAAACAGCUAAGCCAGGCAAGGUUCAAACAAAGUGUGUUAAGCAAAGCUAUAGGUGAAUACUGACCAGUCGGGCAACAACACCGCACUGCCACUGGACCAGUGAUGAUCCAAACACAGCUGCUAUUCUGACAUAUUUCUACUGCCUGCCAUGGAAGAACAGUGUGUGGCUGAUUUAAUGACUGAAGUUAAAGAAUCCUUCAGGCUUAUUGCAGCUUGGGUCUUGUUUUUGUUGUUAUGGCCAUCAUUUCUAUCAGUUAUGAUAACAUUGUACACACAGGUAAUUACUGACAUUAGUGAAAGCAGGGACAUGAUUCAUUUCAAGAAGUUGCUCAAAGUGCUGGCAGGUGCUUCAAAGUGCUUCAGGUUAGUCAGCUGAUCUGAAAGAUAAAGGCUGCGCAGUUAAAUAAUAACACAUAACAGUUUAAAAGCAGGCUCCCUGUUUCAGGUUUGAUCUGCUGUGCCUGGCAUAGUUGUGUGCAAAUAUAAUGUUACUGUAACAAAUAAAAAAGAUGCACACAACUACAAAGCGUUGUACAACAAGAUGAUUUUUGAAACUAUACAGCACUUUUUGUUGGAUAAGUGGUGGUUUGGAUAAACUUUACUAUUGUAAAUUAUUUUAACUCCAGAGGAGGAAAUAUGAAGAAACUAAAAAGUCUUCAGUUUUUGUUUGUGUUCUGUCCCACUACUGAAGGAAACACAGCUGUGUGCACUGUUGAGAACAGGUUUUAUAAGCAACAGAAACUGACAGAUGUGAUGUGAAUGAGGUUUACCUCUGCCCACAGUGUGGCCGCAGGUACAUAACCAUAUGUUUUGAUUCUAUUUAACUGAUUGGAAGUAGCUGCAGUGGGAAUAUUUAUAAAGUUAAUAAAGAUGACUUACUUCCUAUGUUAUUUAUAGCAGUUCAACUGAAUGAGUGUGUGUGCGUGCAUAUGUGUGUAUGACAGAGAGACAGAUAUCUGUUGCUUCGGGACUUAAUAGACGAAACAUUUCUUGGGCUUUUCAUGUAAAGUCUUUAUUUUUACACUUCAGUUUGGAGCACUUUGCAGUAAGACACCAGGCUUUUACUAGAUGGUGCUUUACUUGAAUCUGUGCUACUGGUGUUUUCUAAGUGUGUGUGUGUGUGUGUGUGUGCCUAUUGCUCAACAAACUACACACCUUUUAUUCUUUGACAUCUUCUCUCCCUCACAUGGAACUUGUGUUUGUACAUGUGCAUUUUGAUAACACUGUUGUAACUUAAAAAGUGGCAUGUGAAGCAGGUAUGAGUAUUUAUUGUACAGAUCAUUCCACACACUAUGUGUGUAUGUGCUUUUGAGCAAAAGGUACAAUGAUGGGUGCUGAAAGGAUAACUUCUAUCCCGUUGUUUCUGAUAAUUUCCUUGUUGUGUUUUGUUAAAAUCCUGCGUGCAAUCAUCUGUUAAUAAAAAAAAUAUGGCU